AUGUCCAUCACUCGGUUUAAGUUUAUAUGGUACAUGGAAUUCAUCCAUCGAAUGUGGGGCCGAUCAAUUGGUGCUGCUUUCUUCUUCCCAGCUGCUUACUUUUUGUAUAAAGGUUAUUUUUCUCCAGCAAUGAAACCCCGCGUUCUUAUUUAUGGAGGACUGCUCGGAUUUCAGGGUGUUCUAGGCUGGCUUAUGGUACGCAGUGGACUAAGGGAACCUAAACGGCCAGCAGGCAUUUCAUCAAAAGAAGAAUAUGUCGGUGUACCGCGUGUGGGUCAUUACUGGCUGUGUGCUCAUCUGAUUUCAGCUGUUGUUUUAUAUUCGUUACUUUUAUGGGGUAGCUUCAACCACUUGAUAUCUCAUUCUUCGGUGAAACCAUUCAAACAAGUACGGAAGCUUAAAGCUCUUGGUCAUUUGGGUAAAGCGCUAACUUUUACAACUAUGAUUUAUGGUGCUUUUGUGGCUGGUCUUGAUGCAGGAUUAGUAUAUAAUUCUUGGCCAAAAAUGGCUGAUAGAUGGAUUCCUGAUGAUUUGAUUGUUUCUCGUUAUGGUUCACGGAUAAGAAACUUCCUUGACAACCCAACUGCUGUUCAAUUCACGCAUAGACUGCUGGCGUAUGCCACAGUCUUAUCAACCGGUGUAUUAUGGGCGAAUGUAAUGCGUUUGGGUGUAGCGUGUACUGGACCACGUAUUCGAAAUGCUGCACAUAUAAUUCUUGCUGCUACAUUAGGUCAGUCAGCACUCGGUAUAACAACUCUAUUGUAUUAUGUACCAGUUACAUUGGCUUCCCUACAUCAAUGUGGCAGUGUUGUUCUUCUUUCAUCUUUACUUUGGUUCACUCAUUGUUUACGGGCUGUUCCAAAAUGA